AUGAACGAUAAACCCACAUCCGUGGGAACAGCGAUCCCCACACUGUCCCCUAAACGCGGUGCGCUGUCUACAAAUAUACGGAUCGGAAACUCGAGUGGCUCAGCCAACUACUGUCCUUACUGCGGCAGUUAUUUCGCGUCUCACGAGGCCUUCCAGCAGCACCUGGCGCUGGCACACGCUCACGCGGAGAAGAAGAUGACCGCCUGUCCCUACUGCGAGGGAUCUUUCGCCUCCGCAGCCGCCUUUCAGUCACAUCUAACUCUCGUACAUUCAUCGAAAAAGAUGGUGUUCUGCACACUGUGUAACGCCAGCUUCCGACGCAACGACCACCUGAAGCGCCACAUGCUCUGCGUGCAUUCGCUGUCGAAAAACAAAUGCAGACUUUGCGAAGAGUCGUUCACGGGACACGACGCGCUAGCCGCACAUCUAUCGACUAGGCACCCGAACGAACAGCUGAAAUGUCACUGUGGAUGCGUUUUCAACAGCCACGCAGAGCUGGUCCACCACGAGAAGGCUCACGCAGCGCCUCCGGAGCACAAGUGCCCGCACUGCGAGACAUUCUUCAAGAGACGAGACCACAUGGUGCGACAUGUGAAGUCGUUUCAUAUGAACCAUUUCGUUACGUGUCCGGUUUGCUCCAAAAACUAUAAACGGCAAGAUCACUUAGUCCGGCAUGUGAGGGAAAAGCAUCAUAUGGGGUUUCUGCGAGGGCAGCUGAUGAAGUCUUCUGAUUUAGGCCUCACUCCUGAUGAUGGCAAUUGA